CGGAGAAGGGAUACCCUGGGCCGAGCGCACCGGGCCAUGGCGCUGUCGCGGGCCAAGGGCCUCAACAUCACCAAGAAUGACACCCGCCGCAUGGAGGAGGAGGCCAAGCAGAUGGAGGCGAAGCUGGAGCUGCUGCGGCGCACCAUGGAGGUUGCGGAGCAGUCGGGAAAGAGCGCCGAUGGUAGGUGGCGCAGCGGGGCGAACAACAAGCCCUUGACGAAGGGCUAUGUCAAGUCCGUGCUGGAGGCUCCCAACAAGAAGGGCAAGAGCGGCACGCCCAAGUCUGGGACCCUGGCCGAAGCUACGGAGGCCAGCCCUUUGGCGCCACUUCCCAGCCCCAGCCCUUCGAACUCCAACGCCAGCCCCUUGGCGCCGCUGGUGACGAGCAACAGCCCUUCCACUGUGGGCGCAACCAGUGCGGCAAGAAACUUGCAGGCGGCGAUGCAGAGUCAGGACCGGGAUGCUCUGGAGGUGGAGGCGUUUCUGUGCUCGUUGAAGCUCGACAGAUACGUCGUUCUCUUUAUGGAGCACGGCUUUGACUGCAUGGACGUGGUCAAGGAGAUGGAGGAAGAGCACAUGCAGCAGAUCGGCAUGGCCACAGGUCACAUCCUGAAGCUCAGGAAGCGCCUGGCGGAGUUCAAGCCGAAGAAGGCCUCCGAAGGUGCGGAGAAAGACCUCACCCGCAAAGUCAGCUUUUCCGAGGCGCCCAAGCCCAAGGAGACGGAAGCCGCAGGCUUCUCCAAGAGCCUCUUAGAAGGCGCCUUCGAUGAGGAGGACUCCGCCGCGAGCUUCCAGGAAGCCUUGAAGGCCUGGCGAGGCGGUGCGGCAGAGGAGAAGGUCAAGGAAGUGAAGGAAGAGAAGGAAGGGAAGGAAGAGAAGAAGGCCCCAGGAUCGUUUUGGUCCUCGUUGGGCGGCAGCGACGUGAACUUGGAGCGCGCCAGCACCCCGUCCAAGCUGCCGGCCGAGAGCACAGCCGCCGAGACGUCGAAUGUAGCUUUGGGCGAGGAGAAGCUUUGCUGCUAUCAGUGCUUCAAGCAGUUUUACGCGCAGUUCGCCGUGGAGCGUGAGGAUGAGACGGCGGGCGGCCAGAGGCGACUUUGCUCAGAGGCCUGCGCCGAUGCCUGGUGCGCGGCCGCGCGCGCGAAGGCGGAGGCCUUCGAAAAGCGGCAGCUGCAGCUGCAGCAGAUGCAGGAGAUGCAGCGCGCGAUGGCUGAGGAGGAAGCCCCCGCGGCGUGAACUGCGAGGUGGUGGCGAAAAACCGCGCCCGUCUCACGAGAAAUCUCGUUUCACAGAGCACGAAAUGAAUUUGCACGGUUGACUCCCUGAGGGUUUGUUGUAGAUGCGUGUG